CGAAAAGUGUGCUGUGGCUCCAGGAUGGACAGAGCGCGUUUGGUUCCAAUUAGAGCGUCUCGACGCUGACCUGUUGCCCCGUGUGCAGUAACGUGAAACCAAAAGCCCGCGGCGCGGCGAAGAGGCGAAGAGGCGAGGGAAGCUGCACAGUGCACACCUACAUACACUUUCCUUCCCACUCGGGACCCGCAGAGGCUCCGGCGCACGGCGGAGCGAGCGCAAUGGCCGAGGAGUAGCCGCUCGAUGGACCAUUUUCCGACGCCAGCCUCCCGGAGGUGCCACGGCACCGCCGCGGCGGCCAUGGGGGGGAGCUGUCCGAGGAAGUGGGGGUGGGCGCCUCUGCUGGCGGCUGCGCUGCUCAGCCUCCCGCUCGGAGGGAUGCCCCGGAGCGCCGCGUUCCCCUCGCGGAGGACCGAGGAAGAAGCUUACACCACCGUGUUGCUCAUCGGAAUGCGCAAAGAGGCCCACUCGCAAGUGCUGCACCUCUCCAGGAACAAGCGCUACACCCUCACCCCGGAGAAGCUCAAAUGGGACAAGUUCAAGCUCACAUACAAGCUGCUGUCCUACCCUACAAACCUGAUCAAUGCCACGGACACGCGUCGAGGCAUUGCCAAGGCUUUCGCCAUGUGGAGCGACGUCUCACCCUUCAGCUUCCGAGAGGUGCCAGCGGACCAGGAGGCGGACAUUAAGAUCGGCUUCUACCCAGUCAACCACACAGACUGUCUGCAGUCCUACUUGCACCACUGUUUCGAUGGCAUCACGGGAGAAUUGGCGCACGCAUUUUUCCCGCCGACGGGUGAGAUCCACUUCGACGAUCACGAAUACUGGAUUCUGGGGAACAUGCGGUUCAGCUGGAAGAAAGGGGUGUGGCUCACAGAUCUCAUCCACGUGGCAACACAUGAGAUAGGCCACGUGCUGGGACUAAUGCACUCCAGGGACCCAAAAGCGAUUAUGCACCUGAACGCAACGCUGACCGGCCGCAAGCUCAUCACGCAGGAUGAGGUGUGGGGUUUGCAUCGUCUCUAUGGAUGUUUGGACCGGUUCUUCAUCUGUCCGGCGUGGGCUCGUAAAGGCUAUUGCGAAAGCAAGCGCAAGCUGAUGCAGAAGCACUGCCCCUCCAGCUGUGAUUUCUGUUACGAAUUCCCAUUCCCAACUGUGGCUCCCACUCCGACACCCCCGAGGACCAAACACAAGCUUGUGGUCGAGGGCAAAAAGCUGACGUUCCGCUGUGGGAAAAAAAUAGCAUCGAAGAAAGGCAAAGUAUUCUGGUACAAGGACGGCGAGCUUCUGGAGUUCUCGCACCCGAACUACAUCUCUUUGAAGGACGACCACAUCACCAUCGUGGCCAACGCUAUAAACGAGGGCACGUACACCUGCAUCGUGAAAAAGAAAGACAAAGUUCUCACCAACUACUCAUGGAGAGUGCGUGUACGAUUCUGAAGGCCUCUGCUGCUCUGAACUGAAAUCUCACGGACACACACUUCCUUCAUUUGGGCACAUAUUUCCUUCUUUUGUACCUUCUAUUCUAUGAACUGUUGACAUUCAUUGUGCAAAUGUCAUUUAAUGUGAGCAAAAUAAAAUAAACAU